GACCAACCUGUAGUUGACUCACGUCGCAGCGACGUUUCCAUUGAACCCGAAAGCAUUUCCAUCACUGCAAUCGGUCCAAUGACUUUCCGAAGUCAUGGCCACCGUUUACAGUGGUCUGGUGGCUCAGACGCAGUGUUUGCUAAUUAGUCGGACAGGCAAAAGUAGGGAACCCAUAGGAUCACGUGCUUUUUCUCACCUCUCUUUAACACCAUACACACACCCAUCUCGCCGGCUUACAAACUGUCGCAGAACGAUGUCAUGACUGCGGAGCUGUAAGAAUCGAGGCGGUAAACGUUGCCAAGAGCUCGAGCGGACAACAUGAACCUGUUGGCGAAAAUCAUAUUGUUCCUUUUCACUCUGGACGCUGUGAUUGCUUUAGAGGCCAAUCUCACUUCGUGGCGACAUCACAGAAGGCAAAAACGUUUCCUGAUCUAUCAGAAUGGCGGUGUGGUCAAGUUUGUUUCGGGAUGUGCAUUUCCGGUUCCGUUUAUGGAGAAAAAGGCGUGGCGCCAGUUGGUUUGGCUGAUGAACUUUCACUAUCAGUUCAACGAGCCACAAACUCCAAUCUACUGGUGGAAACUGUGGGAUGGCUCCCGAAAUCUCAAGGGACCCUUGACCCAACCAGCUCCUCCAUCGGUUCCAGCUCGUCUUUUGGUGGACGAGCCUCAGCUGCUGCUUUUCAAGUUCGCCGAGGCCUAUAUGAACCAGUUGGGUCAAAAUGGUAGUGCCUGUCUGGCACGUCUGAUCUGCGAGAAUGGUCAGGUGGAUGAGCAUAGUGGACUUUACGCCCAACUGCUCCACAGGUUGUUAAGACCUCAUCGCACGCUGGACGUGAGGUAUUUGGAUGCCUACAGGAUGGGUCGCCAUGGCGUUGACUGCCGAAAUGCCUUUCCAGAGGCCCAUCAUUGCGUUUUGGAUGACUACAUACACCUCCAUGAGCGAGGACCGAAACAGAGUUUUCUUUAGCCGUAGAAUUCGAUUUCUCUUUGGA